AUGGCGGGGCUAAACUACACUUCGGUGUCUGAAUUUAUCCUCAUUGGCUUCUCCACCUUCCCACAGCAGCUUCUGCCUGUCUUCUUCCUGCUCUUCCUGCUGAUGUACCUGUUCACGCUGCUGGGAAACCUGCUCAUCAUGGCCACCAUCUGGAGCGAGCGCAGCCUCCACACACCCAUGUACCUCUUCCUGUGCGCCCUCUCCAUCUCUGAGAUCCUCUACACCUUGGCCAUCAUCCCCCGCAUGCUGGCUGACCUGCUCUCCACCCACCGCUCCAUCGCCUUCCUGGCCUGUGCCAGUCAGAUGUUCUUCUCCUUCACAUUCGGCUUCACCCACUCCUUCCUGCUCACUGUCAUGGGCUACGACCGCUACGUGGCCAUCUGCCACCCACUGCACUACAACGUGCUCAUGAGCCCCCGUGGCUGUGCUUGUCUGGUGGCCUGGUCCUGGGCUGGUGGCUUGGCAGUGGCACUGGUGGUGACAAUGUCUAUUUUCCACCUCACUUUCUGUGGACCCAAUGAGAUCCAGCAUUUCUUAUGUCAUGUGCCACCUCUGUUGAAGUUGACCUGUGGAAGUAAUGUACCAAUUGUCGCCCUUGGCGUGGGCCUGGUGUGUAUCACAGCCCUGCUGGGCUGCUUCCUCCUCAUCCUCCUCUCCUAUGCCUUCAUCGUGGCUGCCAUCUUGAAGAUACCAUCUGCUGAGGGUCGGCACAAGGCCUUCUCCACGUGCGCGUCUCACCUUAUUGUGGUCAUUGUGCACUAUGGCUUUGCCUCCGUCAUCUACCUCAAGCCCAAGGGUCCCCACUCUCAGGAAGGCGAUACCCUCAUGGCUACCACCUACACGGUCCUCACACCUUUCCUCAGCCCCAUCAUCUUUAGCCUUCGGAACAAGGAGCUGAAGAACGCCAUGAAGAAGACCUUCCUCAGGAAAUUUUAUUCCUCAAGCACCUGA